GAGAAUACUUAAAAAAUCCAGCUAUGAUGAAUCAGACGGUAAAUCCAAUGACAGAUCCGGCAGGAAUGGAAAUGAUGAUGGAAGGAAUGAAAAAGAAUUUUUUGAUGAUUAUACCUCAAACCAUUAUUAUGGUUAAAUUACCUUUUCCUCUUACUCUCCGUUUUAAAUCUAUGCUCCAACGUGGUGUGGAAACACCUGAUAUGGAUGUUACAUGGGUUUCAUCUUUAUCAUGGUAUUUCCUUAAUCUUUUUGGAUUAAGAAGUAUAUUCACAUUACUUCUGGGUGAAGAUAAUGCAGCAGAUGGUAUGCGUGAUAUGACAGCAAUGUCACAAAUGGGUGCAUCACCUACGGGACAACCACAAGAUUUUUAUAAACUUCAUCUUGCUGAAAGAGAAAAUCUUUUGCUGACGCCACACGAUUGGGAAUUAGGAGAUAUAGAGCACAGAUUACUUGUACAAUAUGGUAAAAGGAAGCCAAAUCCUAUUUCUGAAUCGGUUGAGAUUAGUGAUUCUGAGGAAAAAAGUAUAGGACCAUCUUCAGAAAAUAAGGGUAAAGGACGAAGAAAAGGUGGUAAACGAGACUGA